CAAGCAUAUAAAAAGACCAAGCUUAGCUGUAUUCACAAGUUUGUAUCAUAAAUGGCUGGCUAAUAUAUGAGAAGAAGAAGAUCACACAAAAGAAAUCCAAAUCCCCAUCGUAGCAAACAUGAGUGAAGUCGGUGUAUUUCGUAAGGAGGAAAUUGAUGGAAAAUUGUUUUUGGCUUACACAUUAACACAAACAGAAACCCCAACGUCCUCCGGUGAAGCAGCUGCGGCGGCCAAAAAAGCUAUGUAUUUUGGCGUCGACGACCUCCCUCUUCAACCUCUUUUUUUCUGUCCUUCUGUCCGCAUCAAAUUUCUCCAUUCCAAACCAAAAAACCAUGAUGAUGAUCAUCAUCAUGGUGGUUUCAUGCCUCAUCCGUUAAAUUCUACCCCUCACUUCCCUUGUACAAGAAGCCAUGAUCAACAAGGCGAGUCGUUGCUUGAUUGCGACAAAGAUUAUAUCUGUAAGCUCCCUGUAAUCCCUCUUUUUUGGUGCAACAAUAAAGAAUUUCGCUAUGGCAAAUUCGAUUGUCGUGCAUGUAAUGGGAAUAUUUUCAGCACAAGCUAUUUUACAUGUCUCCAGUGUCAAGGAAAGUUCCACAAAGAAUGUGUAGAGUCUCCACUUGAGAUCAAACACCCUUCCCACCCUUUUCAUUCUCUUCGACUUUUCAGUGGUUCAAGUAAUCAGAAGUGUAGUUGCUGUAAAGUAUAUACACCAAAUAUGUAUUAUCAUUGUACUACCUGCGAGUUGAGUAUGAAUCCAGUAUGUGCAAUGAGGCCGGUACCCUUAGUUGUAGACCACCCAAAAAGCCACCCCCACCCUCUCUCCUUUUUCCCUACACAAGCUUCUACAGUUUGCAAUAUUUGUGCAAUGAUUAAGAAGCUUGAUCCCACAUACAUCUGUAUCCAAUGUGUUUUCGUAAUCCAUAAAGGUUGUAUGGGUUUCCCACAUAUCAUAAGGAUAUCUCGUCACCCCCACCGUAUCUCCUUUACCUCUUCUCUUCCACCUGGAAACUUUUCCUGCGGAGUAUGUAGGCAACAAGUUGACAACAAUUAUGGUGCAUACUCUUGCGAGAUAUGUGAUGAUUAUUUUGUUCAUUCGAAAUGUUCAUUACUUCCAAGGAUUUGGGACGGAAAAGAACUUGAAGGAGUACCAGAAGAAGAUGAUAAGAUAGAUGAUGGGGAGCCGUUCAAGAGGAUAGCUGAUGGAAUAAUACUCCAUCCUUUUCAUAGUCACCAUAUGCGGCUUGAGAUCGACAAAGCUUAUGAUGGAAAUAAGUAUUGUCGAGGAUGUGCCCUUCCAAUCUAUGAAGGUCAAUUCUAUUCAUGCAUGGAAUGCGACUUCAUCCUCCACGAAAGCUGUGCAAAUGCUCCACGCAUGAAACGGUAUCCCUUAUAUCCACAUCCACUUACACUAAAAGGUACCACCACGAGACAUGAGAAUCAAAAAGGUAAAGUUUGUUGUAGCGAAUGCCGACGUGAUUGCAAUGGCUUCUUCUAUGAGUAUCGUAAAGAAAAAGAAAUCUUCCAGCUAGACCUACGAUGUGCCUCGAUUAUUGAACCAUUUGAUUAUCAAGGCCACCAACAUCCCUUAUUUCUACCUUGGGACACAAAGAAAAAGACACGAUGUCAAAUGUGCAAAUACGAAAGCAAGGAGUCAAAGUUAAUUUGCUUGGAAUGCGAUUAUUCUAUAUGCUUCCGUUGUGCUACUUUUCCGUACAAGGCAAGGUAUAAACAUGAUAGUCAUUUCCUCACAAUUUGUGAUGGGAAAGAGGAAAGUGACGAACCAGAUUGGUGUGAGGUUUGCGAAGGCAAAAUAGAAGAAGUAAAAGAGACAGGGUAUAACUGGAAAGGUAAAAAAACAGAAUUGCGAUACUACAAAUGCAAUGACUGCUGCACCGCUCUUCAUGUUGAUUGUUUAUUUGGGAGAGACAUGUACAUUAAACCUGGUGAAACAGAAAAAGAGUAUCUCUCUUUUUCCGAUUUCUCAUUUAGCGAAGACGUUUGGAAAUGGAUGGAUGUUCGGGCUCUUCUCAAUAGUUCCCUCUCUCGACCAAUUUGCAAUGGAUGCAAGUGCCGUUGUCCAUUCCCAAUAUUUUACAAAGGGGACAAACUAAUAUUCUGUUCUUGGUAUUGUCUUAAGAUUGAGCAUCCACCGACUCCCUCCCGUGUUUCUUGGUAAUUUGAAGUAUUUUU